CUCCUUCCUCUCCUUCCUAGUCUACCGCACUUCCCUUGUUCUCUCUCCCCCUGAGCCUGAGCCUGAGCCUGAGCCAGGCCUCUACUACGCACCAGGGCAUAGGAGAACAUUCUGGCUCACAGAUGUCAUAGAGAAGGUUCUAGAAGAGUUUCUCAUGGAGCAGGAUCGAUGGUGUAGAAACUCUUGGGUGAAGACAAAUGGGUUAUUAAGAAAGUGGCAUCUGAGAAAGUGCAGGGGACCCAGUGCCGGCAGAGUACCCAGCCUGCAAGCAACGUGGACUCCCUGCCGGGCUGUGCCUCUCCUUUCCCUGGAAAGUCCAGUGUCCCUAUGACCUUGGAAGGAGCUGCCUGAGACUCUCUGUUCAGCCGGCAUCCACAGCUUCGAGCCACCAGAGCUUGGCGACGAUGCAGCUGUACCUGGUGCUUCUCCUCAUCAGCUACUUGCUGACUCCGAUCGGUGCUUCCAUCUUGGGGCGCUGCACAGUGGCUAAGAUGCUCUAUGAUGGGGGCUUGAAUUAUUUUGAGGGCUACAGCCUUGAAAACUGGGUGUGCCUGGCUUAUUUUGAGAGCAAGUUCAACCCCUCAGCUGUCUAUGAGGACCCACAAGAUGGCUCCACCGGUUUCGGCCUCUUUCAGAUUCGUGACAAUGAAUGGUGCGGCCACGGCAAGAACCUCUGCAGUGUGUCCUGCACUGCUUUACUGAAUCCAAACUUAAAGGAUACGAUCCAGUGUGCCAAGAAAAUCGUGAAAGGAAAACAUGGGAUGGGAGCGUGGCCCAUCUGGUCCAAGAACUGCCAGCUGUCUGACGUUCUGGACCGGUGGCUGGACGGCUGUGAUCUGUAGGCACCCGAGUGGCCCUGCCUCACUUGCCAGCCUCGUCUUGGGACUGAGGAUGCUCUCCUGUUUGCUGCUUCAAUCCACCCAGUUACCUCACCACUGGCCAGCUCCAGGUGGAAAAGGACGGCAGUCCUCACUUCAUCCAGGGGUGCAAGGUGCAGAAUAAACCAGCUAAUUACUCA